ACAGGAGGCAAUGAAGCGAGGCGUCAGGGGAGGCUGGGAGCAAUGGUCAUGGCCACUGACAGCUACUUAACGUCGGGCCCUUGUCCGUCCUGGUACGACAGUUUCUCCCCAUCUCCAUCACAAUCAGUCCUAUCAAUCCGCACUUGCUCCAGCCCCUUCGUAUUCCAUAGCGCCCUACAUUCGCAACUGAAUUCGGCAUGCUUGCAAACGCGUUCGCUACUGUCCUUGCCGCUUCGGCCCUGCUCACUUCCGCCGCCCCCGUCUCAAGGGACGUCCUCGAGGCAAAGGACGUGGGCGUCUUGACCUGUACCACCUUUUUCACUGGCCCUCUUCAGUACAACGUUGGUGGAGACUACGGCUACCUCUCCUUCACCGGCCCCAAGAACGAGGAUGGCUUGCCCAUCCUACACAGCACGCGUGCCAAUGGGGACAAGGUUCCUGCUCACGACUUCACCAUGAAGAACUGCACCUCCAACAAAGCCAAGUCCUUUACUGGCUCCAUUCAAGGCGGCGAGGUGGCUCGGGGUCACAUUGAGCUGACCUCUUCCCCUGGAAAGUGCAUUACGCGCAGUACGAUUCCGGGAAAGAAGCACUCCGAAUUUGUACUCGACGACUGCUCAUACAGCGAUGACUCCAGUCAGCUCUUCCAGAGCUUCGCCCUUGGCCCAAAGGGAUACGGCGAGUACCUCGGACAUGAAGACAGUAACAGUCCUUACUGGCAGGUCAGCCUUAGCUCGCAAAAGUACAAGGAUGUCUUGGCCAAGAUCGUCGACACGAACAACAUCAUCAACAACCUCAACUUCUACUUCCCCACGUAUGUGCCUGGUAGUAAGGUCAAAACAAGGGAUGUAGAAGCAAGUGAGGUCGAAGCAAGGGAGGUCGACUCAGAGGACGUUGAAGCAAGAGACGUAGAGGAAAGAGACGUUGGCGUCUUGACUUGCACUACGCACUUCGCUGGCUACCUCCAAUACAACCUCAACGGACUGUAUGCGAACAUCUCCUUUACUGGCCCCAAGACAGAGGAUGGUCUGCCUAUCCUGCACACCGCCCGCGCCAAUGGCGAUGAGGUGCCCGGUCACGACUUCACCUUCAAGACCUGCGUGUCCAACAAGGCUCAAUCCUUCAUGGGCCCCGCCCCUGCGGGCUCGAGCGGUCCAGGCCACUUUGAACUAUCAUCUACUCCUGGAAAGUGCAUCACUCGUCAUGCAAUGGAGGGAAAGAAGCACUCCAACUUCGUUCUUGAAGACUGCUCCUACAGUGAUGACUCGAGUCAACUUCUGCAGAGCUUCGCUCUCAGCGCCAAGGGUUACGCGGAAUUCCUUGGAUACCGUUCUGGUGAAAAGCAAGACUGGAGGCUCACUGUCAGCUCGCAGGAGUACAAGGACAUCCUGGCCGAGCAUGUCGUCACCAACAACAUCGUCGGUAACAUCGACUUGUACUUCCCCGACUAUUACACUCCCAGUGGUACAAAGGGAAAGAGGGAUUUGGAAGCAUGAGAGGCUCUCGUAGAAUAAAGAGACGCCUUCAAUGGCUCUACCUGAAAGCUCGGAGCGAUCUCGCCCGAGCCCAUGGGCUGUAGAGCCAUCCACCUCCUCUCCUCGGACUGCUUCUGCAACCGCUUGGAUCGAGUCGAGUCGUACGCCCAUCGCUCCUUCGCCCCUUUUGUGCUUCCUAUUGUCCC